AUAGGAGCUGGCUCCGGGUGACAGCACGGAGCACAACCUAACCCAACCAGGCAGCAUUGCCCCACCACCGUGAACUACAAGCAGACUGCACGAGUUAAAUCGCAGUAUUUUCUUGCCUCACAUUCAGGUGCUACUUGUCUGGACUCAAAAUGCCACUGGUGCUGAUAACGGGCAUACCAUCUUCCGGAAAGUCUACACGCGCAGCCCAAAUCAAGGAGUAUUUAGAGAAAGAGCAUAACAAAACAGUUCAUAUAGUGAGCGAAAACGAGGUUAUAACUUCCUCAAACUUGAAAAAAAAUGCCCUUUAUUUAGAUUCGUCGAAGGAGAAAGAAAUACGAAGCAUAAUUAAAUCAGAGGUUCAAAGGUUGGUCAGUCAAGAUGCAGUUGUUAUUAUUGAUGCAGCAAACUAUAUAAAAGGGUACAGAUAUGAAAUAUACUGCAUGUCAAAGAGCUGUAAAACAACCCAAUGCACAGUACAUUGUGAAACUUCAACAACAGCAGCAUGGGACUUUAAUGUAAAAAGGUCCUCAACUAACAAUUCUGGAGAUGAAGUCUAUUCACAGGACAUAUUUGACGCCUUAGUAAUGAGAUAUGAAGCUCCUGACAGUAGGAAUCGGUGGGAUAGCCCUCUCAUUCUUGUACAAGCAGAAGACAAUUUGCCGAAAGAAAAAAUUGCAUGUGCUCUAUUUGAUCGCAAACCGCCCCCACCAAAUCAGUCUACACAAAAUGCUCCUCUUUCAGCAACUAAUUAUCUUCAUGAGCUAGAUAGAAUAACUCAAGACAUUGUCACGGCAAUUAUGUCUGCUCAGAAUAUGGGCAUAGAAGGAGAUAUAAAAAUUCCUGGACAGAACAACUUGAAUGUUAAGUUAAAUGGAAACAAAUUGACAGCAGCCCAAUUGGGCCGACAUAGAAGACAAUUCCUGACCUACUCCAAAAUGCAUCCUUCAUCUGACACUUCUAGAGUAGCUUCAUUGUUUGUACAAUUUUUAAAUUCAUCUCUCUCAUCAUAGCUGCAUGAUGCAAGAGCAACCCAAAAUAUCUGUUUUGAAUAACAAACAACUAAUUAUUAAACGAAGGCCCAUGAUCGAAUAAAAAAUACUUCUUGGAUAAAAAAA